AUGUCCUCACCACUGACUCGACUCACCUGGACCCCUGCGCAAGCAGCAGCUCUUCAUGGUAUCCGCACCGCAAUGGGUGCUUUCAAACCUACGUUUGGACAAGCCCAAUCACUUGCUGAGCGCGCACAGGUGCCCAGCGAAGGAAUCCCGGAAGGAAUUCACAUCUCUUGUGAAUUAGCUCCCCCUUCCCCUCAGAUCCCUGUAUCCAUUCACUCAACCUCGAUCCAACCGGGUCAGGUUCCCAUCUUCUUUUAUAAUGAUGCGCCUUCCGAGUCCUUUGCUGAUGUGAAGAAAGAUGACAAAGUCAUUCUUCAUAUGCAUGGAGGCGGCAACGUCUCCGGGCAUCCAACGGAACAGAGGUUUAUAUCAUUCUUCUCUCGCAUACUUUAUGCACUCGGGAAGAAAUUUGGAGCACAAGGAUCCGCUGCACCCAUUAUCGCAGCUCCUUCCUAUAGACUCGCGACAGUCGCCGAGAACCUCUUUCCAGCGGCGUUACAAGAUCUAUUCUCUGCAUACCAUCACCUGAUCUUAAAAGGCUUUACCGCCGAGAAUAUCACUAUCACAGGCGAUAGUGCAGGUGGAAACUUGGCUCUUGUCCUCACGUACAUUAUUUCACAAUCCACUCUCCCAAUGCCAGGACGCGUCGCACUCUUCUCCCCAGACGCAGACCUCACUUACGCCUCUUCCACCUCCGUACCUCACGAUAUCAUCGCUCUAUCAACCUACCAAGCCUGUUCUUCCCAAUAUCUAGGCAAUUUCCCUGCUAGCGACCCUCUAGCAUCAGGCAUCCUAAUUCCAUUCACUGCAAGCUGGCCGAAGACAUUGGUGUUGACCGGCACAGCUGAUAAUGUUGCUGAGAGCUCGCGGAGAAUCGUGAGUGGUAUUCAAGAGGCGGGUGGAAUAGCUGAGCUUGUGGAGUAUGCGGAUUUGACCCAUGGGUGGUGGAUGUUUCCUCAUGUCUUUCCGCAGUCGGAUGAUGGGUUGGAGAGGCUUGCAGUUUUUGUACACAAUUGA